AGGAAGGGAGGAUUUCAUUGUCACCCACACUUCGCAUGUGCUUAGUUUGGGAGAUGAGAUUUUGCGGAAGAGUUGGUUACGGAGCAGCAGAGGCUGGAAGGGUUGGGGGAAGAGUGUUCUCCUGCCCUUCUCCUUCCCAUCAUCCUGCAUUGAAAUAGGCUGGCUCACCACCCUCCCACGACUUCCAUGCUGAGUUGUAUUGGCACCCUCCCUUUGCCUGAUUCCAAGGGCAGACACCUUUGCCUUUUCCACCUGGCGCCAGGAUGGCUGGUUGUCUUGUCCCUUCAGAGGCCGGGGGAAUCUUUUGACCUGAUUCAAAAAUGUGUUGGCCCCUUUUCAAGGAUGGAUGGAGCCCAAAGCCUAUGGGGCCCGGGUGCAGGCUUCCCUUUUAGCCCCGGACUCUCCCCUGGGCCUGGGACUGAUCUCCCGAACCAGGCUCCCUGGGGCUUGGUUGUUGUAUGUUUUCCGGGCUGUAUGGCUAUGAUUUAAAAGUAUUCUCUCCUGACGUUCCGCCCACAUCUAUGGCAGGCUUCCUCAGAGAUUGUGAGGUAUGGAGAAACUAAGCAAGGAAGCCGGGCUGUGGCGCAGGCUGUUGAGCAGCUGCAAUAAAUCACUCUGACCAUGAGGUCAUGAGUUCGAGGCCAGCCCGUGGCGGGGUGAGCACCUGUCAAUUAAAAAUAAAAAAUAGCCCCUGCUCAUUGCUGACCUAGCAACCCGAAAGAUAGUUGCAUCUAUCAAGUAGGAAAUAAGGUACCACUUAUUAAAAAAAAGUGGGGAGGCAAGGUUAACUAAUUUACAACCUGGAAUGAGGAAGUGCCGUCAGAGUGGAUGAUGAAGCAGCUGCUCCCCCCUGUGGCCAGAAUUGAACAUCCCCUCAGGAGAAGGUUAAAUUGCCUCUGCGUCUGUCUGUCUCAGUCUCUGUUUGAUGUGUUUAUGGGCAUUGAAUGUUUGCCCUAUGUAUGUAUAAUGUGAUCCGCUCUGAGUCCCCUUCGGGGUGAGAAAGAAGGGCGGAAUAUAAAUACUGUAAGUAAAUAAAUAAGGUUUAUAUAUAUCUGUGGGAAGUCCAGGUUCGGGGAAGAACUCUUGUCAGUUGGAGGCCAGUGUGAAUGUUGCAGUUAAUCACCCUAAUUUGCAUUGAAUGGCUUCAUCUACUGGCUACUUUCUGCCUGGGAGCAUCCUUUGUUAGCUGCCCCUAGUUCCUAAGUGUUGCUUCUUAUUUACUGUUCUGAUUUUUGAAUCCCUGGGGCUCUUCUGCUUGGUUUCCUCUUGCCAAGAGGGUUUUUUUCCCGCAGGCAGGCAGGGCAGAGCUUUUUCGGCAGUCACCGGCAUCUGCCCAGUUGCCACGAGGGGAAGGGGCCCUAGAGGCCCGCUCUGCCCCCCUCCUCAGCCCCAUGCCAGCCCAGGCUAACUGGCCACGUGCCCCUCUUGCUAAGCCUAUUAGAGCCAUGGGCAUUAGUCUCUAAUCUGCCAGCCAAAUCAAGGCGGGGUGUGUGUGUGUGUUUCAGCAUCCCUCCAGAGGAACCCCAUCAGGCCAGAUGUUGCUGUACAAUUAGCAAUGGGGGGGUGGGCUUAUGGAAACCCACAAGCGGAGGUACAGUUUGAGGGCAGUGGCCAGUUGGAAAUGUCGGGGAUGAUUCCCAGCCAGGAAAGCUGAGCCCGAGCCUCCUUGCUCUCUCCUCCUCUGGCUUUUGGGGUCCACAGGAAGGGCAAGGGCCACUCUACCCCGCUGGCCCAUCCCUCAGAGCUUCCUUGAGGGUGGCCCACUUGGGUCUGGAGGGGAGCGUGCAAGCGCCGGCAGCAGCGGGGGCGAGAAGGGCUUACUCUAUAAUCGCCAGCUGAGGCCCUAAUUGCAUUAGCAGCCGCUCAGCCUCCCUCUGCCGCUGCUUCUGCUGCCAUCCUGGCUCCUGCACUCCAGCCACACAGGGCCCCUUGGUGCCGACGGAGGGGGGCCAUGGAGGGGGACCGCCGGCUGAUGCCGGAGGGGCCGCGGGGCCCGUCAGAGGUGGGAGAAGAAGCCGGGACGGGGCUCACCUCGCCCCUGCCACCUUCACCUCCACCUUCGCUAUCACCCCGUGGGGGUCCGGGGUCCCGAAGCAGCCCCCGCCUGCCCCGCAGGGUCCAGUUCUCUCUGCCCCACACCUCCAUCCCAGCGCCUGCCCCCCAGCAAGAGGAGAGGGCCUUCUACCGGCGCCUGGAGCACCUGAUGGGCCCCAACGGAAGCUUCCAGGCGCUGUGGGAGGCGGGUGACUGGGAGGACCUUGCUGAAGGGAAGUGCCUGAGGAAGUGCCUGGUGAAGCAGGGCCAUGGUAGCCGGCCGCAGGCGGGGCAGGAAAUGGCCGUGAAGCUGCUGGGCGCCUUGGAGGACGGGAGCCUGGUGGAGAGGGACCCCCGGCUGACCUUCGUCCUGGGCCAAUGGGAGGCCAUCCAGGCCCUGGAGCUUGCUGUCCCCUCCAUGCAGGUGGGAGAGGUCGCCCUUUUUCUGGUCAGCCCAACCUGUGCCUAUGGCUCUCUGGGCAGGGAGCCUGACAUUCCCCCCAACGCCACUCUGCUCUAUGAGGUGACCCUGCUGCAGGUGCAGGAUGGUCCCAAUCCGGCUCUCUUGACCGCCUCAGAGCGCUUCGGACUGUGCAACCGUCGGCGGGAGUGGGGCAACUUCCACUUCGAGAGGGAGGACUUCCAGCGGGCCCUGCGCUGCUACCAGGAGGCCCUACAGCUGCUGCUCUUGCCAGGGGAAGGCACCCUGAGCCCCGAGGAGGAAGAGGAGCAGCGAGACCUGGAGCUCAAAUGCCUCAACAACUCUGCGGCUGCACAGAUGAAGCUGCAGCAGCCGGAGGAGGCCCUGGGGUCCUGCGACCGGGUCCUGCAGCUGGACCCCGACAAUGUCAAGGCACUCUUCCGGAAAGGCAAGCUGCUGUCUGAGCAGGGGGAGGACCAGGCGGCCAUGGCGGUCCUGAAGCGGGCCCUCCACCUGGACCCGGCCACAAAGACCAUCCACGCUGAGCUCUCCAAGUUGGCCAGGAAGCAAAGGGAACAGAAGGGGUCCAGCCCGGCCCUCCAAGAGGACUCCCCAGCCACGCCCGGGGCUCACGGCCCUCAGGUUAGUCGCCUGGGCAAAGGGAGGGGCCCCAUGGCAUCACCCCCCAUCCUCUUGGAGGCAGGAGAGGCAACCUCUGGUGCCAAUCCCCACUGGCGCCAAUGAUCUCGGCAUGACCACGGCGGGCUUUUGGGUGGCUGCAAAGCCGGCUGGAUUCGCACCCUUUGCUCUCCCCUUUGCAGCCAGAGGUUUCUGCCCCAUAACCAAGUUGAACGGUCAACGUGCUUAGGAAUUAGCCAGCCACUACUGAGCCAGGGGACUCUGUGGAGCUGCAGCGAAGGAGGCCGAUGUUGAGUCCGAUCAGCGCUGACCUGACCCAGCCCUGUCCCGCCAGGAGCCGCCUUCACUCUUCCGGAGCCCCUUCCCCACCUUGACCACACUCUUCCCUGGCACGUCAAGGCCUCUCUCGCUCUGUAGCCCAACCCUCCUGGGACACCGUGGGGCUGAGCCGGCAGGAGAAGAAAGGAGCAGAACUCUUUGCGCCUCCCAUCCAUUCCGGUGGCCUGGCCUCGCCUGCUGCGCUUCCCGAAGGAGCCCUGCUCUCCUGCACCUCCUCGCCUUUGCAUCUGUAAUGACACUCGGCACAUCUCUGGGACCUCUGGGAGUUGAUCCCAGACAGCGGGAUGUUUUUCUCAGAACUUGAUAAUAACAAUAAUGACCAUGUUCAAAAGCAA